GAGCACGACGUACACCGCGCAGCGGCCACACGCGAUCCCAUCGCCGUUUAAAAAUAUAUAAGUCGUCGCCGCGCGGACCCGUUUGAUCACCAUCGAAAUAAUAAUAAUAAUAAUAAUUAUAACAUUAUAAACGUAUGAUUUAUAGGCGCAACGCGUCUGCGACUCGCAUUUGUUCGUUUUCGUUUUCCGAUCGCGUCUCCGCGAAUAUAGACCGAACGAGCUACUCACCCGCGUCGGAAGAGCAGCGACUACGCGAAUGCUCCAAGUCGUGCGCGCCCGACCGCUAUUAAAACCGGGUUCGCUUUUUUUAAAUUGCCCUUAAACGAAGUUUAUUUAAUAUAACAAUAUUAGGUCCUGUAAUUCAGCCCGUGGUCGUCGUCGCCGCCGUUUCAAUUGUAGACAAUCAACAGAAAUUAACCGUCCCUCCGCCGCCACCACCGCUGGCAGACGACCGCCGCCGCCGCCGCCGCCGCCACCAUCCGUAUCUCAUCGUCGCGCCGCGUGCAUGUGCGUGUGAACGCGAACCUGCGAUAACCGCAAUUAUAUACAACGGACGCGCCGGACCCAAUAACGAUAACCGCCGACGGGUUUUCACCCGACACCAUCAUGGACGAGGGCGCGUUCGACGAGUCGAUGAUGUUCAACGAAUAUCACCACCAGACCAAGCCCGGGUCACCGGCCGCGCACCAYCAGCAUCAGCCGCUGUUGGCGUUCCAACAGCCCGGCGAUAUGAUGGGAUAUGCGCUGCCCGUGCCUGACCACAUGGACAUGCAGCACCAUCACCACCACCACCAUCAUCAGCUCCAGGACAUGGACAUGCAUAGGCACCACCACGGUGUGCCGGACCAAAUGCAGCAGCAGCAACAGCAGCAGCAGCAGCAGGACAGGCAGGUACAGAUCGGCGAUCCGCAGGAUUUGUUUCAGAUGCCGGUCACGUCCACCGUUCAGGUACAGCCGGCCGACAUCGUCGUCAACGCCAACGGGCAGAAACACGCCAUCAAGUUGGAAAUGGACGCUAACCCGUUGACGACCACCGGUCAACAGUCUACAGGACUACCGCCUGAACAACCGGUGCCAAAGAAAUCUAGUUCUAAAUCAAAAAACACUGACAACAACGGGACAAAGAAGAAAAAGACGAGGACGACAUUCACGUCUCAUCAAUUGGAAGAGUUGGAACGAGCAUUCGAGAGAGCUCCGUACCCUGACGUGUUUGCCAGAGAAGAAUUAGCCUUGAACCUUAAGCUUAGCGAGUCUAGGGUUCAAGUAUGGUUCCAAAACCGAAGAGCCAAGUGGCGGAAAAGAGAGCCACCCAGGAAAACAGUUUACUUGACCAAUUCCGUUUUCCCGUCCGGAUCUCCGGGAUCGUCGGUGAGCUCGACGUCGUUCACCACGCUGACGACGUUUGGUGGUAAUGUGUCRCCGUCAUUGGGUACUUGUUCGCCGGUCACGCUCAGCGGCUCGGAGCCCUGGGGCUACGGUGCCGCUGGUUACGGGGACCUUGCACACCUGAACCUGCUCAACAGCAAUGGGUCGUCGCCGUUCGCGCAGAACGCGUUCCACGGCAGCGGUAGCAACAACAACAAUAACAACUUUGCCGGCACGCCGUACGCCGUCCAGCCACAAGACAGCCCGGGCCUGUUCUCGGCCAGCAUGCAGUGCCUGGCUCGGCAGGACAUGAUGGGUCCACUGGACCAAUCGCCGCCCGAUCGCGACUAUCACGGGCAUCAACUCAACAAGCACGUGGUCGACUCGUACGUGAUGAGCCAGGAUAUGGCAGGACUCUUGCAGCCGGACGCCGAGUGCGACAUCGUCGGCACCAUGGGAUAUGAAGUCCAAGAUCACCAGCAGCAUCAGCAUCAACAGCAGCAGCAGCAGCAACAGCAGCARCAACAAAUAGACGAAGACGGGGAAGAUGAGACUGCGAUUAAAGUUGAGCCACCGUUUACGCCACUUCCGCCUUUCAUCAACUGACACAGGAGGUUUCAGUUUGACACGUACGAGUAUCAAACUGAAUUCGAAUGAAUCCGACACGCCUCGUUUCAAAUCGCUCAUGUCUCCACAAAUAAUUCAUGUGUAUAAUUUUUCGGUCUAUGCACUGAUAUUUAUGUGUACAGUGCCACCGUUCAGUGUUCAUGUGUGAGACCACCAUCUUUUGCAACAUCCUGCAASGUUGGGAAAAACUAAUGAUAAAUAAUUACCGAUGGGCAAUAAUGGUUUCGUACAAAUCACCGUCGUCGAAAUUAUAUGACAAGCACGUCGGCAGAGACGAUCUAUUAAAAAAAAAAAUCAAGAUUAAAUAAUAAGAAUUAAGAAUCGAUAUUUAUAAGUGCAAAAUAAUAAUUUUUAUGUAAAUAAGUGAUUUGGUUUAUUCAUUUUGUAUUCCUAAUUUAUAAAGUAACUAUUAUUAUUAAAUAAUAUAUUUAUAUAUUCGUGUGGCAUGCGUAUACAUUUCAAUUGGGACUGUAAUCGUUCAGUAUUACUCGUCCAAAGGAAACUAAUAUAAGCUAAUUAUUUAUUUUUUUAUUUAGAUAAAAAAACACUACGUAUUACAUACAUUAUAAAAUUAUACAUGUAAAUUAUUAUUGUAUUUAACAGAUACACAACAAAAUCGCAUUAUUCUUCCAUAACGAUUAAGUGUAUAUAAAUAUAGAUUUUAUAGUACAGUAAAUAUUAUAUUAUAUUAAAUUAUAUAAUUAUAAUCAUUUGAAAUUCGAUUAUUCGAAAACUUGUGUAUUCUAGWUGUGCCUUAUUUGCUUGUAAGUAGUUUGAGUAACUUAAAUAAACUACGUAUACUACCUAAUUGUAUGUGGUCUAUAAUAGGUUUAUAAAUUAUAAAUAAGGACUUGUAACUAUAUAUAAUUACUAUGUGUACAAUAAAACAAUUUUAU